AUGCCGCGCGAGCAUCACCGCCCGACCGCUGCCGCCCAGCCUGCCGUCACUUCGACACCUGCACCGCCCGAGCCCGGCAGCGGAGCCCCCAAGCUCUCCGUGAACCGCCCUCAAAAGGACCAGGCGGCCCUCCAGUUCCGCCAGCUGCCCACCUUCGAGGACUGCUUCCCCUCCUCAGAGAAGCACUACCAGGCGGUACAGCAUGGUGGCACCACCAUGCACGUGCCCUUCCGCCGUGUGAGCCUGGCCGGCGGCAGUGGCGUGUUCGACCUGUACGACACCAGCGGCCCCCAGGGCGUGGACCCUCGCCAGGGCCUGCCCCAGAUCCGCCGCGAGUGGGUGGAGCGGCGGGCGGCCAGCGGCGGCGCCGCCGGCGUGGCGCGAGGGAGGGCGAUCAUCCCAGCCAACGUGCGGCACCUGGAGCUGGAGCCAACCAGUGAGCGCAGCGGGAGUGGGGGGUGCACCGGCGCCAGCAUCCACGAGACGCGGGAGUGGAUCCUGCGCAACAGCCCGGUGCCGGUGGGCACGGUGCCCAUCUACCAGUGCCUCGAGAAGGCCGGCGGGGCGGUGGAGGGCAUCACCUGGGAGCUGGACACGCUGAUCGAGCAGGCGGAGCAGGGCGUGGACUACUUCACGAUCCACGCAGGCCUGCUGCUGCGCCACAUCCCCCUCACAGCGCACCGCCUCACAGGCAUCGUCAGCCGGGGCGGCAGCAUCCAUGCCAAGCUGUGCCUGCUGGACCACGAGGAGAACUUUGCGUACACGCACUGGGACGACAUCCUGGACAUAUGCAGGCAGUACGACGUCUCUCUGAGCAUCGGCGACGGCCUGCGCCCCGGCUGCAUCCACGACGCGAACGACGCCGCCCAGUUUGCUGAGCUGGCGACGCAGGGGGAGCUGACCCGGCGGGCCUGGGAGCGGGAUGUGCAGGUUAUGAACGAGGGGCCGGGCCACGUGCCGCUGCACAAGAUCCCGGAGAACAUGCAGAAGCAGCUGGAGUGGUGCCACGAGGCCCCUUUCUACACGCUGGGCCCGCUGGCAACCGACAUCGCCCCCGGAUACGACCACAUCACUUCGGCCAUUGGUGCCGCCACCAUCGGGGCGCUGGGCACCGCCCUGCUGUGCUACGUGACCCCCAAGGAGCACCUGGGCCUGCCCGACAGGGACGACGUGAAGCAGAGCGGAGCCGGCGUGGUGGCUGUGGGUGAGGAGGCGGAGGCGGAGGGCGAGGCCGCAGAGGGCAUGCGGCGGAUGAGCCGGGAGUUUAGGGCGCGCGGCGCGGAGAUCUACCAGUGA